CACUUGACUUGACUUUUCCCUUUAAUUUCUCACUUCUGAGUAUCUCUCAAACUUGUUUGCAAAAUUCUUGCUAAUGUCAAAACAGUUCAGCCCAAACACUGCAGCAAUGCCUCCUCCUGGUGUGUGUCUGAGCAUCAUUGAGGCUCGCCACAAGCAAGAGGGUCAUGGGAGCAUUUCCAACCCUGAGAGUUUCUUCAACCAAGACUACCAGCAGCUGAAACAGUACUGUCUCAUCCGAGGAGUAAGGUACAUCGAUGAGAUUUUCCCCCCUGACAGGAACUCCAUUGGUGAAGGGUUGCUGAGUCCAUCUGACUUGGCCAAUGUGGUGUGGCUUAGACCAGCGAAAAUUGCUCCUAAUCCAUCCUUUGUACUUGAUGGGGUCUCCAGGUUUGACUUUGGUCAAGGAAUACUUGGAAACUGCUGGUUUCUCGCGUCGAUCGGAGCUCUGACAUUCCAGAAUCAUGUCCUCGAACAAGUUGUCCCUCUUGAGCAAACAUUUGAUGAGGAUUACUGUGGACUGUUUCACUUCAGGUUCUGGAGGUUUGGAAGAUGGGUUGAUGUCGUCAUUGAUGACAAGCUACCAACAGUCCAUGGCAGACUAAUCUUCGUCCACUCCAAAGACCCAAAUGAGUUCUGGCCUGCUUUGCUGGAGAAAGCCUAUGCGAAGUAUGAAAAGAAAAGUACAUUGUUUCUCAGACAUAAAUUAGUUUUACAUUAUUUGUGGGGUAUUCAAAAUAACUUCACAUCUGCUUGUGUCAGGGUGUGUGGUUCCUACUCAGACAUGAAUGCUGGAACUCCUGCUGAGGCUUUGGUGGACUUCACUGGUGGUGUCCACAUGAGCAUCCGGCUGUCAGAUCCUCCUCCAAAUCUGUGGGAGUUGAUGUACAGAGCUGGCGAAUACAGGUCCCUGAUGAGUUGUGGUACACCACAGGGGGAGACAUCUGCCAACUCUGUAUUACCAAAUGGACUGGUCCAAGGCCAUGCCUACGCUGUCACGGGUGUCAAACAGAUGAAGAGCCGAGGAAAACUUGUAAACCUGGUGCGUUUGUGGAACCCCUGGGGCAAAGUAGAGUGGAACGGGGACUGGAGCGAUCAGUCAUCCCUAUGGAAAACUGUGAGUGCUGAGGAUCGUGAGAUGUGCCUUUCAGUGGGUGAUGAUGGUGAAUUUUGGAUGACCAUGGAAGACCUCUGCAAAUUCUACAUCGAUCUGGACAUCUGCUGCAUGAGUCCAGACUUUCUUGAUGGAAUCUCCUCUUCUAUCUGGAAGACCACCAUGUAUGAGGGCAGAUGGGUUGCAGGAACCACUGCUGGAGGAUGCAUGAAUAACAGAGACAGUUUCUGGACAAAUCCACAGUAUCGGGUCAGAAUUCACGGUCAAUAUUCGGAGAAAGGUGGAGGAAAAAACAUGUUUGUGUCUGUCCUGCAAAAGCCCGACAAAAGGAACCGACGCCUGGUCCAGAAUCUCCACAUUGGAUUCUCUGUAUUUGAAGUUACUGAACAACAUAAGGCGGAGAGGGGGAAGUUCCCAGCCUCUUUCUUCAGAACCCAUGCACCUGUUGCCCAAACUAAAACCUACAUGAAUGCACGUGAGGUGAUGGAGUUCUUUAUGCUAAAGCCUGGUGAAUACCUGAUUGUGCCGUCCACCUUCAAUCCCAAUGAGACAGCCUCCUUCGUCCUGAUCAUCAACUCCAAGGCAGAGACCCAUGGCUAUGAGAAUUCUGGUGACCGUAAACAUGAGCCGGUUGAAGAGCUCAAGCAGGUCAAAACUGCACAGGAAGAUGAAAAUAAGAAACAAUUUUUCCGCCAGUACUCAGACAAGUAUGAAGAGGUUGAUGCUGAGCGGCUCCAGGGGCUUCUAAAUGAAAACAUUCUGAAAGGAGACUUGAAAUCUGGAGGCUUCAGCAUUGAUGCCUGUCGCAGCAUGGUUGCUCUGAUGGAUACAUCAAUCACCGGCAAACUCAACGGUGACGAAUUUGUCCGUCUGUGGAAGAAGGUCUUCACCUACAAGGACAUUUUCUUCUGCACUGAUGUGUCACGAACAGGAACGCUGUCACUGAGAGAACUGAGGAAUGCAUUCACAGCUUCAGGAAUGACUGUUGGCGAUGACAUGCUGAAUUUGUUGGCCCUGCGCUACGGUGCCUCCUCUGGGCACAUCACACUGGAGAGCUUCAUCAGCCUCAUCCUUCGUUUCGACUGCAUGAAGAAAAUCUUCCAACAAUUGUCCGAUGGAAAAGCCCUGAGUCUCCAAGAGUCAGAGUGGAUGUAUAUUUCAAUGUACACUUAACCCAAGAGGGAAGAUGGCCUGCACAAUUCAACUGGAAUUACAGGAGUAGAUAUUUCAAAAGGAAUAUUUUCCUUUCAAUUGACAAAUUGCAUAAUGAUUAAAAAAUGUGUUCCUGUGCGAAUGAACCAUUACACAAUAUGAACUGUAACUAAAUGGCAUUUUCUUUUCUGUAACUUUGUUAAUAUACUGCCACCAACAUUAAUGUCACAAAAAAAAAACAGUACAAUAAAAUAUAACCGCAUUACUUUUGUAAGCUUUAUGUUAGAGUGGAGAGAGAAUCUUAUUCUAUGUCUACAUGUUAAAGUAACAGUGAAUUACUGCAUUUUUUCAUAUCUGCAUAUCCAG